AUGGAAUAUCAGCCUGUGAAUUUACAACAGAUGAAUACUGCUCCAGCUCCUGCAACCAAUCCUGUGAAUCCGGCGGAUGUGACCGUGGGUUCACAAUCUACCGAUUAUUUAUUGGCUCAGCAGAAGGAAUCGUUGUUGCCUCAAAGGUCUACUGUGUCUAAGGGGAAAUAUACGUUGCAUGAUUUUCAAAUCAUGCGUACAUUGGGAACAGGGUCAUUCGGUAGAGUGCAUCUCGUGAGGAGUGUGCACAAUGGACGUUACUAUGCCAUCAAAGUUUUGAAAAAACAUCAAAUCAUUCGAAUGAAGCAAAUUGAGCAUACGAAUGAUGAAAGACGGAUGUUAAAGCUGGUUGAACAUCCUUUCUUAAUUCGGAUGUGGGGUACGUUCCAGGAUUCUCGUAAUCUAUUCAUGGUUAUGGAUUAUAUCGAAGGUGGUGAAUUGUUCUCGUUGCUCAGAAAAUCCCAACGAUUCCCCAACCCUGUGGCUAAGUUUUAUGCAGCAGAGGUGACUUUAGCUUUGGAAUACUUACAUUCUCAUAACAUAAUAUACCGUGACUUGAAGCCAGAAAACAUUCUAUUGGAUAGGAAUGGGCAUAUCAAGAUAACGGAUUUUGGGUUCGCCAAAGAGGUAAUCACAGUGACGUGGACGUUAUGUGGUACCCCUGAUUACAUUGCUCCUGAAGUAAUUACAACGAAACCAUAUAACAAGUCUGUUGACUGGUGGUCUCUUGGAAUCUUAAUCUUCGAAAUGCUCGCUGGUUAUACUCCAUUUUAUGAUGUUACGCCAAUGAAGACCUAUGAGAAAAUCUUAGCUGGUGAAGUCGUUUAUCCACCAUUUUUCCACCCUGAUGUUGUGGAUCUAUUAGGUAAGUUGAUCACUGCAGAUUUGACCCGUAGAUUAGGUAACUUACAAAGCGGGCCAGAUGAUAUCAAAUCGCAUCCAUGGUUUGCGGAAGUUAUAUGGGAAAAGCUUGUGGCAAAGGACAUCGAGACGCCGUACGAGCCACCAAUCGCUGUCGGUGUCGGUGAUUCCUCUUUGUUCGACCAAUAUCCGGAAGAGCAACUGGACUAUGGCGUUCAGGGCGAAGAUCCAUACGGCCAAUACUUUUUAGAUUUCUAA